GUAGGGAGGAGAGAAGGAGUAGAGAGAAGACCAAAGGGCAGAGAGCAGAGCCCAGAAGAGAAGAGAAGAGAAGAGAAGAGAGACUCUCUUGCAUCUCUCUCCAGAUGCUCUCCCUACCGCCGCCUCCCCACGCGCUCCACCGGCCCGUCCCAGCAGCCGCCGCCGGGUAGACACACGCACGCAGCCCGGCCCCCUAACGGCCAGCGCCGCCCCGAUGGGCCGCGGCGUCGGCUCGCGCUCCGGCGGCGGCGCCGCGCAGCCUCCGUGGCACUCGCUCCCGGACGAGGUCUGGGAGCACGCCUUCUCCUUCCUCCCCGCCGCCGCCGACCGCGGCGCCGCGGCGGGCGCCUGCCGCGGCUGGCUCCGCGCCGAGCGCCGCUCCAGGCGCCGCCUCGCCGUCGCCAACUGCUACGCCACGUCCCCGCGCGACGCCGUCGAGCGGUUCCCCUCCGUGCGCGCCGCCGAGGUCAAGGGCAAGCCGCACUUCGCCGACUUCGGGCUCGUCCCGCCCGCCUGGGGCGCCGAGGCCGCGCCCUGGGUCGCCGCCGCCGCCGACGGCUGGCCGCUGCUCGAGGAGCUCAGCUUCAAGCGCAUGGUCGUCACCGACGAGUGCCUCGAGAUGAUCGCGGCCUCCUUCAGGAACUUCCAGGUCCUGCGCCUCGUCUCCUGCGAGGGAUUCAGCACCGCCGGGCUCGCCGCCAUUACCGAGGGUUGCAGAAAUUUGAGAGAACUUGACCUUCAAGAGAAUUAUAUUGAGGAUUGUUCCAGUCAUUGGCUCAGUAGCUUUCCAGAAUCCUUCACUUCUCUGGAAACUCUUAAUUUUUCAUGCUUAGAUGGGGAGGUCAAUUUUGCAGUACUUGAGCGGCUAGUGACCAGAUGUCACAAUCUCAAGACUCUAAAGCUCAAUAAUGCAAUCCCUCUUGAUAAGGUUGCUAGUCUCCUUCGUAAGGCUCCGCACAUAGUAGAACUUGGAACUGGCAAAUUCUCUGCUGAUUAUCAUCCAGAUCUCUUUGCAAAGCUUGAAGCAGCAUUUGCAGGUUGUAAAAGCCUGAGAAGGCUAUCUGGGGCUUGGGAUGCUGUUCCAGAUUACCUGUCAGCAUUUUAUGGUGUAUGUGAAGGCCUCACAUCACUUAAUCUGAGUUAUGCUACUGUUCGAGGCCCUGAGCUCAUUAAAUUUAUUAGCAGAUGCAAGAAUCUGCAGCAAUUAUGGGUCAUGGAUCUCAUUGAGGACCAUGGUCUAGCUGUCGUGGCAUCAACUUGCAGUAAACUACAAGAGUUGCGGGUCUUCCCUUCUGACCCUUUUGGUGCUGGGCAAGUUUUGUUGACUGAAAGAGGUCUUGUUGAUGUUUCUGCCAGUUGUCCCAUGUUGGAGUCGGUCCUCUACUUCUGCAGGCGGAUGACGAAUGAGGCUCUUAUUACAAUUGCAAAGAACCGUCCCAACUUCACCUGCUUCCGCCUAUGCAUCCUUGAGCCCCGUACUCCAGAUUACAUCACACAACAGUCUCUUGAUGCAGGUUUCAGUGCCAUUGUGGAAUCAUGCAAGGGCCUUAGGCGCCUCUCUGUCUCCGGCCUUCUCACAGAUCUUGUAUUUAAAUCAAUCGGUGAACAUGCUGAUCGUCUUGAGAUGCUUUCAAUAGCCUUCGCUGGGAACAGCGAUCUAGGCCUGCACUAUAUCCUCUCAGGCUGCAAGAGCCUAAAGAAGCUGGAGAUCAGGGACUGCCCAUUUGGGAAUAAGCCGUUGCUGGCAAAUGCUGCCAAGCUGGAGACAAUGCGAUCCCUUUGGAUGUCGUCAUGCUCGUUGACCCUGGGCGCAUGCCGACAGCUUGCACAAAAGAUGCCUCGCCUUACUGUGGAGAUCAUGAACGAUCCUGGACGAGCAUGUCCCUUGGAUGCACUUCCGGAUGAAAGCCCUGUUGAGAAAUUGUAUGUGUACCGGACAAUUGCCGGUCCAAGGUCUGACACACCAGACUACGUCCAGAUUGUUUAAGGGCGUCAUGCUAUAUGGGGGUACUCUGGGUGUUCAUUUUCAACCUCAAUUGGUACCUUCUGCAAUCUGCAUCUUCCUAGCAUAACAUAGAGUUUUUUUAAGGCAAGUAGAAAGGCUGGUGGUUUGAUGAACCUAUCAUAAGAUCUCUACUUGACAAAUGUAGGAUGAGACUCGAGGCCUUUUUUCAGGUGUUAAUAACUGUAGGGGGCUCGGUGGAUUACAGAAACUACUAGAUAGCGUCAUGAGAAAACCUUGGUUUGUUUUCUUUAGCGUGUUUAGUUCCUUUUAUGUAUAAAAAUAUGGCACCAUUUUAAUCUUGUAAUGUACUGUAUUACUGGAUAAACUGUACCUGAGCUGAGUUUGUCACCUCUACCUUUUGGCCUUCCUUUUUCUAAUUAUGGGUUGUUCUGGAUGCUAAAUAAUCAUGGCAUGUAUUUCUUGUGGUA